ACUGUCUGCAUAGUGCAUGCAUAACAUAACAACACGACUUUUCAGUUAGUUCUGUUCUUGUAGAAUGUAGACUAGUUGUUAAAACAAACCUAUCGAUUUCAUAGUGUCAUAAGUUAACAGAUUUGAAUUUUAUAUUUAAUAACUGAAUUCAAAGUAGGCUACUUGUUAUUUCUCUACUUAUGAAAACAUGAGAAUUCAGGUUGGUUCUAGCCUAAAUGGGGUUUCAGUUUGGUGAUGAUUCCUUGUGCUGAUAUAAAAGUAUUGUGCUGAUAUACCCGAGUUUCAAGCAUGUCUCUGGACUUCAUUGAUAUCCCUGAUGCAGGUCCUGGUCCAGGAAACUUGAGCCAAGGGUUCCAGUUAUCUGAUCAUAAAGAAAUGAUUGCAACUACUGCUUCAAUCAGCACAAUUCUACAGUUCUUAUCUGGCGCGUUGGUGUGCAAUAAGUUCGUCCAGAAAGGAACAACUAGUGAUGUAUCUUGUCUGCAAUUUGUCGCCGGAUUUUUGUCGUGUGGCCUCUGGUUAAGUUACGGACUGUUGAUUGAUGACUCCAGUAUUGUCCUAGUCAACAGUGUUGGAACGAUACUAUUUAUGUGCUACAUAUUUAUUUUCUACACCUACACUUUGCGUAAGAAUGCAGUUGUCAAGCAGGUGAUGGCAGUGCUGAUGGUAAUGGUGUCGGUGAGGCUCUAUGCCUACUGGGUGUCAGAUAUAACUGUGGCCAGGACACAUCUAGGUCUGGUAGCGUGCAGCACCACCAUAAUGUUCUUCAGCGCUCCACUCACGAAUCUGGCAUAUGUACUGAGGGUUAAAAGCGCUGAGAGUUUACCAUUCCCAAUGAUCUUGAUGACUUUCCUCGUUUCUUUUCAAUGGUUCCUGUAUGGCAUUAUAUUGGAAAAUCCGAUCAUCCAGUACCCCAACAUCGUAGGCUGUCUGUUGAGCCUGUUUCAGUUGUCGUUGUUUGUCAUAUACCCGGCUCGGUGACAUUAGCACACCUCCACCAUUGUCCUCAGGGUGUUCCCUGGACGCGUGUUCAACACUCGAACUAGCCAGAACAGGUUGGAAAAGUGAUGUUUGUGUGUUUUUGCCCAAGAGUGUACUAUAUUAUUCUGGUUUUUUAAAUUGUGUUAAUGGAAUCAGGCGUGUGACAAAAGUAAAAGUAAGAUUUUAAGGGAAAGUGGCAUGGCUGAUUGAAGAUUUUUAAAUGAGAGUUAAUCUGUACACAAAAAGGUCACACGAUGUAACACAGAUAUUUUGUCCUUUUGCCUUCUUCAGAGUUAGAUUAAAGAGAAAUCAAUAUACAGUAGAACCUCUAUUGACCCUCGGGACCGGGAGCGUGACGAAUAAGCAAGUAGACAGAUAACAGAAAUCCUGUUAUAAACCUGAACGUAAGUUGAUUUAAAAGGUUUUGAGUUUUGAUACAUGUACAAGUGAAUAAUACAUUAAUAGAUUUAAAUUACUUGUAUACAGUAGUAAUAAAGAACUGUUAUUUUGUAUGUUGUGCUUGUUUAAUGUUCGUACAGUGGAAUAAAAUCGCAUUUAAAAGUAAUUAUGUACUGUAGCGGAGUGACAGAUAACAGAGAGUAUUGAUUAAAGGUUGACAGUUAAUCGAGGUUCUACCGUUGAGAUUGAUUUAUCAUAAAUCUAUUAUCUGAAGAUUUUCCCUAUUUUCAUCCAUUCCUAGGUAUUCCUAGGGGAAAAUAGCAGUGCUAUUUUUAUUUUUUAUGACCUUAUGAUCAAACUCCAUUUUCAGAUACGCCAAAAGCAUAAGUAACUAAUUCUAUAAAAGAAGACCUCAA